GCCACCAGCCCUGUCUGACAUCGACAUCCAGCGGCCACCAAAAGCAUACAUCAUUAAUCAUGCCAAGAAUGACUGGUUUGAGAAAGAGUCGUCUUUAGCUCUUCAAAUGUACAUAAAGGAAAUUGACAAGGAGUCGGCUGAUAUCAUUUUCCGAGACCAAGAAAUGACAGUCAGGUUCAAGACAAAUGACAAGAACUUCUUGCAGCUUCACCCGGAUUCCCACGAAGACACUCUCUUCAGCUGGACAAUCCACUUGAAGAGUUCCAUCUUACCCGAGAAGUGCACUUACAAGAUAAACCAACACAAGCUGGAGGUGAUCCUGAGGAAGAAAGUGAAUGAGAGAUGGGGAUUGCUGGAGAGGCCCAUGACUAAACCCAAUUCAGCGGUCCACACGAGCGGUAGCAACAAGUGGAUGCCGUUAUCUGCCGCCAAGAAUCAAGAUGUGGACGAGAUGGCCAAAGACGCGGGCUCCGAAAAGGACAUGAUGAGAGGGGCGGUGGGCGGGGCCAAGUCGGUGGACGCGGGGGCGGAUAACAGGCCACAGCCUCUCGUUCACAAGCCAACGUGCACAGUGCCCCCACAGUCACACCUGCCAGGCACCAGUCAGGCAGCCGCCAAGCCCGACCUGUACUACAACCCUGGCUUCACAGGGCUGGACAACCUGGGCAACACCUGCUUCAUGAACAGCGUGCUGCAGGUCCUGGCCAACACGAAGGAGCUCAGAGACUACAUGCUAAAUUCUAACAUGAAGAGUGAGAUUAACUACAGCAACCCGCUGGGCACCGGUGGAACCCUGAUCCUGACAUUUGCUGUUCUCAUUCGGACGCUUUGGUCCGGCAAGUUCAGGUCCUGCGCUCCCUCCAAACUCAAGAACACAGUCGCGAGUAAAGCCAGUCAGUUCAUGGGUUUUGCGCAGCACGACGCUCAGGAGUUUAUGGCCUUCCUGUUGGAUGGCCUACACGAGGAUUUGAACAGGGUCAAGAACAAGCCUUACAUUGAGGCACAGGAUUCCGACGGCAAACCAGAUGAGGAAGUGGCAGAGACAGCCUGGCAGGCACAUAAGAAGCGCAACGACUCCUUCAUUGUGGACCUGUUCCAGGGACAGUACAAGUCCAAGUUGGUCUGCCCAGAGUGUGGCAAGGUGUCUAUAACCUUUGACCCCUUCAUGCACCUGUCUGUCCCGCUUCCGAAGAAGAAAAGAGUUUUGCCCGUGUUCUUCUUUUCAAAGGACUACUACCGGAAACCGGUGAAGUAUGUGGUAGCGCUGUCUACGGACGCUACUGUGGAAGAGCUCAAGUCAGCUGUGGCCAAGAAGACUGGAGUCCAGGCUAUCAAUUUACGGGUAUUUGAAAUGUACCGCAACAGGGUCCAGAAGAUCUUCAACAAGGCCAGCAGCCUCAGCAGCGUGUCCAACACCGACAUCAUAUUCGUAUGUGAGGUUUUGUCCAAGGAGAUGUCCGGCGAAGAAGUGCAAGAAGUCACAGUCAUGCAGCGGAUGACAAUGCCUCCCCCUGUGUCCCGGUGCUCAUACUGUAGGAAGGAUAGGGAAGCAGACCACCCGCUCAAACACUGUACCAAGUGCUUCAGGGCAGGAUAUUGUGACCACAAUUGUCAGAAGAAGCACUGGCCUAGCCACAAAAUGACCUGCAGGCGAGACUUGGAGCCCGUUGGCUGUCCCUUCAUCAUCAGCCUACCUGCAUCCCGUUGUACCUACGCCAGGCUCUGCCAGGCUAUGGAGGCAUUCGCUAGAUACUCCACAAAUAUAUUCCAACCACCAGUGACGCCCAGUUGCAAGCCGCCCACUUCAACCGCCCCCCUGGGUACCACCCCACCCGCCGAGACAGCGGAUACAUCCCAGUCGCCCCCUCUGGUCAGGGGCCAGGGUGAUGCAGCUGGACUGGCCCAUUCUGAAGACAGGGUGGACGCGGGUGGAGAGGGCGGGGUGAAGCCAGAGGGCCCCGGGCAAGAGGAGACUGGACUGGAGACGUCGGCAGAGCGCAUCGACGAGGCAAAUCAGGAGAGCAUGAAGCACAAGUCAAAUGAUGGUGUUGCAACAGCCACCAUCCACGGCCAGCCCCAGUUGCCGGAGAGGACCAUGCCGCCGUUCUUCAUCAAGCCGGUCAACAUGGCCGGCCACGGAGUGGUCAGACCUAACGGGGAACGCAUCGGUGACAAGGGUGACGUUCCCAUUGAUCUGACUCAGUACGACUUCCUGGCGAUGGACUGGAGGAAUGAUCCCAAGCAACAGAACCACGUCUUGGUGGAGUCAAAGCCUCUGGAGUACGAAGAGGACGACUCGGUGUAUGAACAAUACGAGGAAGAGAAGAGCACGACCAUCGACCACUGCCUCAAUCUCUUCACCGAGCCUGAGAGACUGAAUCCAGAGGAAGCAUGGUACUGCCCUCAGUGUAAGGAGCACCGGGAGGCCACCAAGCAGAUGUCCCUGUGGAGGCUGCCCUCCUCCCUCAUCAUCCAGCUCAAACGUUUCUCCUUCAAGAACAUGAUCUGGCGGGACAAGAUUGACAAGCUGGUGCGCUAUCCAAUCAGAGGUCUGGACUUGUCCCCUUACUGUCACGGGUUGAAGGGUCCAGUACCGCCCAUCUACGACCUGUAUGGAGUCAUCAACCAUCACGGGGGGAUCCUGGGCGGACAUUACACUGCCACGGCCCGCCUGCCCAGCCACGAGAGCUGGAAGAAGAACGAAUAUGACUGGCGUCUGUUCGACGACAGCCACGUGUCUCAGAUCUCCGAGAAGAAUGUCUGCACCCAGUCGGCCUACCUCCUGUUCUACCGGCUGCGCCAGCCGUACGUUCCCUACGUGCCUUGCCCACCACCCCCACCGGGGGAGGCACCCAUGGAUUGUGAGCCGGUUCCGAGCAGCCCCUCAUCCGAGAAUGUCAACCCAAGAGACCAAGACGUGAAGAUGACGGAUGCGGAAGAGGCCGACGAACGCAUGCAGGAGGGAGACGGGGAGGAAGAGGAGAAGGGAGGGAGGAGCCAGGAGGAGACCGAGUCUCGUCCAGCCGAGGGGGAGGUGGCUGGGGCUGCUUGCUCCAAGCUCACCAAGGACAAGGAUGAAAUUCCCUACACCAACAUGGAAGACAUCGAUUAAGACUGCGUCUUUUCCUUUCUUUUUUUGGAUCCUCGACCAGCCCCCCCCCUUCACUAUUACCGCCCUCCUUGGAUCUGGCCCAGUCAAUCCUGCUCAUUUGCUAAAUCUACAGGAUCCCUUAAAUGGUUACAAAAUAAAAUUUAACACCUGUGAAACCAAAAAUUUGAGAUUUGAAACUUGCAAAACUUUAUUUAACGUGUAAAGCUUAUAAGGAAAUUGAAACUGAUAUGGGAUGUAAACCAUGUACAUAGGAAUAACUAACUUUGUGCUCAGCCAGAUAGAUCUUAGUCACUGACUCAAUAGCAGACAGGCAUGGGCAUGCAGAUUUUAAAAGGAGCUGAAAACAUAGAAUUAACUAGUUUGGGGAGUUGUUAUUCUGCAGUUGUGAAGUUCAUCAGUUGACCUGGUGUCCCCUUUUUUCUUUCAAUACUGAUUAGUUUUACCUUGCCCAUUUUCCAAACUUUCUAUUCAUUGUGGUUUUUAUUUCCAGCCUCCGAAUGGUUGAGGAGACUUCAGCGCUCAAAACCAAAUCUUAAUUUUUGGCCUCAUAUUACCCUGAUUUGCUGUUCAGUUGGAGAGAAUCAAUCCAAGAACAGUUCGAAUUGUGAGAGUGAAACCGAAACCACAAAUGACACUGAAGUUUGGAAAAAUGCCAGGUUCUCUGCAGGCAAAUCUAAUUGGAUUCUGGCUUUCACUUACAGGGCUCUGUUCCAAACUUUUUUUAGCAACAGUAUGGAGGCCACUAGUGGCCAGUUGAAGAAACUACACACUUUACAGAUGUAGAGACCAGUGCGUUACCUUGCUCAUUUCCAGACUGCUGCCGGUCCUGGAGUUAUCUUUCCUGUUUAGUAACUUCUCGGUGCUGUCGUCAAGGUUACCGACAGUGCCUCUGUUGCCAGGUAUUCCAUAACGUAGCAACUCUCUUGCAAAGCUCUCUUCAAGGAAAACGUGCAUCCCCCCAAAGCUGAGUGUAGUUGUCUGGCAAAAGCCAACUGACGGAGAUUUUUUUUUCUAUCACCUGGACGGUUAUUUCAGUGGAUAAAACGCCGCGAAACAAAAUGGAUACUGUCUUGAAAUGGUGAUGGCACGUGUAAAAAAGGGGGAAAAUUCCUGACAUAGCAAGUUUGUGCUAUUCACAUCAGCGACAAAUAACUUGAAUGUAAACUAGCUCAAAAUUCUCUGCAUGUUACUCACUAGCUUAAUUUGACACCAGGGUCAGUGUUUGUAGCAUUUCGAAGCUACCUUGAUACAACGGGGGAAAAGGUUAUCAACCAAAAUGGCAAUGGAAGGUUUGAUAUUUUAUUGCUCGAGACUGGUGAUGAUUACCACUUUCUUCUUAUUUGAAAUCAAUUAGAAAGUUUCACUUUUAAUUUGAAGUUUAAAAACCUUAAUGUUCAAACAAUUUUAUUCCUCAAAUAGCAUACCCACAGAAUAAUGUGUAGUUGAAUACUUGGUAAAGCUCUUCAUUGUUGAAAAUAAGUGGAUUUGCCACCUGUGAGACUUUGAUGAUCUAUAUUAGCGAUCAGUCAAUUAAUCCACCAGAGCCCUGCACUAUUGAUCGAAACCUUCAACCCCCCCCACCACCACUACCACCGCUCGACUCGAUCGUUAAGCUUGCCACGGAACAUUAUCGGUUAAUAAAUUAUAUCCACGAACGCGUCUACAGUUUGUACCCAGGUGACGGGAUCAACACUUAUACCCUUGAACCGGGCGUGUUAUCGCACCUUCAUCCUGUUGACGUGUAUUUUAUGGAAAUACCUCCUGGAGCUCUUUAAUCAUACAGUAUUAUGUAGCCUGUGUACAUUUCCCACCCGUAUACGUCGCCAACAAGCCUGACCCUGCCCUCUCCUUCCUAGUCCACAUCAUUUUACCGUUUUCUGUUUAUGUACAUAAUUAUUUCAUUUGGUGGCGAGUUCCAUCGAUAUCGGCGUGCACUUUGUUAAGAAGUGGUUAUUUUGGAUCCCGAGAAUUUUUUUUUCUGUAUAACGUUCAUUGCAAUACUACGUGAGAUUUGAACCUUAAUAACAAACGUGUUUAGCGUAUGUUUAGCAUAUGUCUACCGACUUCUUUUGUUAUGGAAAGUAGAAUUAGUUUAUCGACUUAAUAUUUAUUAAAGAUUUUUUCGGAGAAUGGGUUCGUAAUAGUUAUAAAAGUCAUUGACGUAGGCAAGUACAUGUUUCACUAAACUCUUAACAAAAAGCCCCGAUUUUGUCGUUAAGCAGUGCUCUAUUUCAAAAGUGUAUAAAGUGAAUGGACUUUUUUUUUAAAUGUUUGAAUUCUAAAUAAAGCGCAAAUGAGCUGGAAGGUACCGCUUUGUUAAAUAA